AUGGGCCUUCUCAAUUUACCUUGCGAAAUUUUGCUCGCCAUCGCGGAACAAUGCGAUGGCCCGCGAGAUAUCCUUUCGUUUGCAUGCAUCACGCGCACAACCUACAGCAUCCUGCAAGACCUGGUCUAUCAAUCUUGUGCCCGACAGAGGAACUGUACGGCUCUACACUACGCCGUAAAGUACGAUAACCAUGACACUGCAAAGUCACUUUUAGGAUACGGGGUUAAUAUCAACUCCACGCUCAAAUCAAGCACUGCUCUUCUGGUCGCCGCGGCAUUCGGGUCAGAGUCCGUGAUCGACCUACUUCUGGCCAAGGAAGAUAUUGAUGUGAAUGCCCGAAAUGCGCAUGGAGAGACCGAGAUCCUCACUCAUUCUCUCAAAAUUCAUUUUCACCCCCCUAGCCCAGUUUUGCCGAAGUCUUCAAACAAAGUGUGCAUUUAG